UCAUGGAGCCGGAGCGACCUUUUCCUCUCAGAUCUCCGCCAGCAAAGAAAUCAUCUUCCCCUGUUGUCAUCCAUCCCGUCCUUAGAGCAUCGGUGUCCUCUACCCUCACCCGGAGUUUCCACUCUCUUUGUGUUUGUUGGUAUUUAUGAUUAUCACUUUCCUAGGGUCUUUCUUUCUGGGCAUCUAUUCGCUUCCUAGCCGCCCUCGCAUAGAUCGCUCCGGUGCCUAUGUUUGCUCGCAGCCGGUCUAAGCCACAGAAAGGAUUCGUUGUCACUCCUCUUUUGAAACAGGCGCUGUGAACGAGGCUGGUCACUCUCUGUUUAUUCACCGCCCGCGCAACUGCCCUUUCGUUGCGGACAAUACCCAACCUAAGCCUGGUGGCUUGUUUUUCAUUAGUGGCUUUGUUGGCGACAGAAGUCAUUCAUUUUCUAAAUUUUGAUGCUAUUCUGAGAUACCCCUACCCAGUCCACAGUUACCGUUCAUUUCUUUUUCGAAUCCCACAGGUCGCAUCCUCGACAAACCGUCACGAUGUCCGGUUUUGCGGCUUCGUUCUGGACGCCAGACUACGCCACAGGUCUGGGGGUUCUUUAUGGGAAGCUCCAGCAAGGCGUUGUCGAGAACAAGCAGAUCAUCACAAUCGCAUCUAUGCGUGCGGAUGCGGAAGAUCAAUAUGGCGCCCGGUUAGGGGAUAUUGCGCCGGCUGUCGACCGGUUGACGGGAGCAGGGUUUGCAAAGGACGAUGGGGCAAGCGUGAGGAAGGCAUAUGAAGGUGUCCGCACCGAGAUGGUCGAAGCCGCCAAGAAUCACCAGAAGAUUGCCUCGAACAUUCGCGAAUUAGUUGUCUCACCUUUCCGUCGUUGGUGCGACCAGCAUGAGGCACGAAUCCAGAAUUCACACGACGAUCUCCAGGCCCGUAUCAAAGAACACACAAAACAAGCGGACUUGGUCAAGAAACUGCGGAGCCAUUAUUUCAACAAAUGCCGUGUGGUGGAAGACUUGGAGGAAGAGAACAAGCUCGCAUUCCAGGCCCCAGAGGCUAGCCCGCCGGCCAAAGCGCCUCCCAAGAUCGUACUUCCGGAGGAGGCAGAGGAGGAAGAGCCUAUGGAGAUUGGCGAUCACGUCUACACACCUGAGGGUCUUAAGCAGCUGUUGGUGCACAUGUUGGAUAACAUCAAAAUGGGUGAUGUUAAGGUGCCCAUCAUCGGCACAUACCAGAAUACAUCGACCGGUGCCGACAUCGUGGAGUACACCCAGAAACACAUGAACGCAACCAGCGUCAGCUAUGCGGAAAGGAUCGGGCAGGAUCUUGUCGACAAUGGCUUGCUCCGGUUGGUGGGUAAUAUGGGUAGUACAUUCGCUAAUAGCACCAAGAUGCGAUACCAAUGGCGCCCCAAAGUGUUUCAAAUCACUGGCAUCCCCGAAAAGAAGACGCCUCUCUUGCGUGUAACAUCGAUGGCGAACAGUGAGGACGGCAGCGAGUCCCCGAUAUCUACUGUCUCGGAAAUGUUAGCAGGCUGGAACCCUCUCAACAACGCUCAUCCGAAUGAGACGCCGGCGGAGAAGCUGCGCAGAGAAGCGCGCGAGGCUGAUGAACGGUACAAGGCUGCUGUGCGGAAGCUGGACCAGAUUAGAUGCAAACUGGAGGAAGAGAUUGUGGAGAAUCUCCGGUUUAUGGAACAGUGUGAAUUGGACCGGCUUAAGGCGAUUAAGGCAGUUGUCCUUGAUUUCUCUGGUGCAAUCAGCAAUGUCAUCCCCAACUUGCAAAGCACAGUGGAUCAUAUGAUGCUGUACCAGGAGACUAUUCAGCCCCUUGGAGAUCUCCGGUAUCUUCUUGAGAAUUACCGAACCGGAGGCUUUGUGCCUCGCGUCCAAGCAUAUGAAAACUACUAUGGUUCUGUAGAAGAUCAAAACUUCGGCGUGGAUCUUGAGGCCCGAGCAAGAGCCGAUCGCAAACGGGUUCCUGUCCUGGUUACUACGGUCUUGACCUAUCUUGACAAUCGUUACCCGGAUCUUGAGGGUGAUGAGGCACGACGUGCUAUCUGGCUUUAUGAUGUCCCUCUGGCAGCCACCCAUCACCUUCGGAAUGUCUUGAACAACAGCAAGAUAGACUACCAGGAAGUCCUAGAGAAAUAUGAGGUUCCUAUUGUUGCAAGCGUGUUGAAAUUGUAUCUUCUUGAGUUGCCAGAUUCCCUUGUUUCUUCGCAAGUUUACGAAAUUGUUAAGACCAUUUAUUCCACCACCGCUCAUGAGACGACGGAAGAAGGCCGAAUCAAGGUCUUGCAAAGCACCCUGGGACAGCUUCGUCUCAAUAACAUUGCAACGCUUGAUGCUGUUAUGACCCAUUUUACACGUCUGAUAGACCUCACAUCUGCCGAUGAAACCUACAUUUCCUCACUCGCGCAAGCACUGUCUCCUUGCAUUCUUCGCCCACGCGUUGAGAGUAGCCUUACCAUGAAUGAGCGUCACAGCUAUCGUCUCAUCCGUGACCUUUUUGCUCACAAGGAUGCAAUCUUUGGCGAGCUGAAGCGCCAGUCCAGCGCUCUCGGGGUCACCGGCUCUAUCAGCCGCCCCCGCGCUAUUAGCACGGAUGAGAGCAACCGUCGUGCAGCUAUGGAGGCUCGAGCCCGUGCGAUUAUGGAUCGCACUCGGGCCAACAGCCCUGCUCCUCCUCGGAAACACAGACGGGAUCGCUCCAGCGGUCCCUCGGAGGCAGGCCGCUUCCCAGUCAACGUUUCCAGCCCGACCGAGAGGCGAACGGUUACACGUAACAGCCUAGACGUUCCUAGCAGCAACAGCUCGCCGACCGCUCAAGAACAACUAUCAAACGUGAACAUCAACGCUGCUACUGAUGCUCCUGCCACUGAGGCUACUCCCAACGGCACGUCCAGUGAUUCCUCGGCUUCGGCUACUGCCAACGAGACUCCCUCCUCUGGCACUUCGACCCCCCCACCCAUGGCUGCGACAACAGCAUCCGAGGACUCUCCUACCCCUACUCCUACGCCAGCCGUGGAUGCAGAGAAGCGCGCUUCCAUAAAUCGCGCUUCAUUCACCCGUAAGCCCGGGCUCGGCAACCGCUCCAGCUUCCCUGUCGUCUCAAGCGAAUCCGGAACAGAUAGCAAGCGCAACAGCUUGGCUGACAGCGAACCCAAGGGCGUAACCCUGGAAGACAAGCCAAUGGAUGAUGACUAAACGUACUGUCGAUUGAAGCGAAACAAAGGAAUGACUGGCAUCACUCUCAGCAAAGAAUCCGGAAAACCAAAGAACUAAAAAGUACAGCCUCAGGAGGGAAAUGUAUGUAUGUAGUCGGCAUCAUUCAGACUUUCAGCAGGCCUUGUCAGUCGAGAUUGAUGUACGACAAUGGAAGUUGCGAUAUACUCAUUAUGUUUGUCCGAAGCCCUUCUUUUACCAUUUGUUUUCUUUUCUAUUCAAGUAUAAACCAUACCAUACCGUUCGCUAUCGUUUCGCAUACCCCUCGAAAUUUAUUCCAUGUAUGUUUUAUCCUUUAUUGAUUCCACUUGUCUCUUUGUAUGCAUG